AGCUCUAGCUUCCUGUUUGCAGUCAAUGUGGCUGGCGAGUCGAGGCCAUGCUGCCCGCUCGCCUCACCAGGAGCGCAGGUUUGGCAAGAGACUUGAGCACCAAGAGCCGGCAUGCUUUCGGGAGGCGGCAUAGGAUGCAUAGGAGCGUUUCCCGUUUCACUCGGACCGCACGUGCAAGGCCUCCUCACAUCGGCCUGGCUGCGAGGUUGCCAUUGCCACCCAGUCGAAGUUGUGCUAAAGUAGAUGCCUCCAAGGAGGGCACCUCGGUUUCCUCGGAACCGACGAGGGAGCAGCUGCACAGGUGCCUGCAGGCAGCCGCCGUCCCCUUCAUCGGGUUUGGGUUCCUGGACAAUUUCCUGAUGAUUGUGUUCGGUGAUCUUAUUGACAGCACGCUAUGCGUCGCUCUAAAUUUCAGCACAAUGGCAGCGGCUGCAAUCGGCAACACGAUAAGUGAUGGUGCCGGCAUUUGGUCUGGCCAGUGGCUGGAGUCCAAAUGCAAAGCGUUGGGAUUUGAGGAGCCCAAGCUCACCGAAGCCCAGCAAGAAUUGCCCAUCACCAUCCGAUGGAAAAACAUAGGCCAGUUCAUCGGGAUCACCAUUGGCUGCAUUCUUGGAUGUUGUCCUUUGCUGGUGAUGGAUCCCAAUGCGGCAGUGCAGCAUCGCCGGGACAAGGAGCGCGAAGAGGCCUUCGAGAUUGUCAUCUCCAAGGUGCAGGAAAUUCUCCAGGCAGAGGCCGUGGGACUGCUACUGCUGAACAAGGAGAGAGACGAAUUGGUUUCCUCGCACCAGUCACUGAACCUGCCGCCCUCCUUCCACUGGAAGCUGAACCAAGGCGUCAUAGGCCACGUUGCGCAUUCCGGGAAUUUUAUCAACAUUGCUGACAUCAAGGAUGAAGCAAUGUAUGAUCCGGAGCUCCAUGAUAACUUUCUGAACACUGGCAUCACUGUGCAGAGCAUACUAUGUAUGCCAGUCUUCAGAGGUGGAGAAGUGCACGGAGUUAUUUCGGUCAUCAACAAGAAGGACCACAGCGGCACUUUUACCCAAAAGGAUGAGGACGUGCUGUCGGCAAUAUGCUCCCACAUCUCGGUCGCGGUCGGUGACGACAAGCAGACCUUCAAGGAGGUCAUUGAGCAGUGCGAGAAGUCGAUGCGCACCACAGGCUCCCCGGAGUUCACCUCUGCGGCCUCCCAGCGCAUGGCCACGCUCUUCGUGCCUGCUUUGGAGGGCAUCCGAACUGUGCUUGGUGCAGAGGCCACUGCGCUGAUGCUCCUCGACCCGGAGAGACAAGAGCUGUUUUCCGAGGUGAUAGACGGACCGCUCCCGCACCACAGCACUCCUGUUGGUGUGGGCGUGGUCGGAGAGGCAGUGCAGGUUGGGCACGUGAUGAACGUGGAUGUCCGUGACCAGGAGUCAGGAUGGUACCGCUCAGAGCGGCACCAGAACUACCAGGGCAGCGGCAUGAAUGUUCGCUCUGAACUGGUGGUGCCUUUGUUCGACACCUCCCGGAAGUGUCAAGGUGCGAUCAAGUGCAUCAACAAGCAUGAGGGUUCUGCAUUCAGCCAAGAGGAUGUCGACUACGUGACCCAGGUUGCCCACCACAUUGGGAUGAUGCUAGAGGGACCCGAUGCUGGCCUGAGACGGGUUCUCGCGCUCACGCGGCAGAAGAUGCAGUCGAAGGCAGUGAUCCAGGCAGCUGACCUGGACCGGGGCGCAGUCAUGUGCAACCUGGUUAAAGCGGAGCGGCUCCCGAACCGUGCAGUUCAGAAGCCGGCGACGAAGGCUCAGAAGCAGAAGAAGAUCAUCGACCCCUACGUGACCUUCAGCAUUGCUCGCGGAAAUCCGCUGCAGCAGAAGCCUGGGGUCGAGGAGAGAGUCAUGCGGGGCCGCAACAAAGACCGGAAGACGGCCGUCCGCAGAUUCGCAAAGUCUUUGACAGUGCUGGAGGAUUCCAAUCCUGUUUGGAAUGAAUCCAUAGCGCUGGCCUUUCCGAAGAAGUUUGAAGACAUGCCGCUAGAGGAGCUAUGGGUUCACGUCCUUUUGUGGGACUACGAUUCGUUGACCAGCGACGACCUCGUGGCCCACGCCGCCUUCCCGCUCUCGGAGAUCCGAGCAGGGCGUAUGAAGGAGGUGGCAGCACAUCGGCUCCAUCCAUUGCCUGGCUUCGAGCACGACCUGUCGAGUUCGAGAUUGUGGGUAUCCUUCGAUCCUUGCGUGCCGGAGUGAGACAGCACCUUUGAAGAGCUCCUCCGCUUAGCUUACGGGCUUCAAGGGACCGUAGAACAGGCUCGUGGCACUGCCCGCCUGCAUACAAUGUGUCACCAGACGGUUUCAAGAUGCGCUAGCCCGGCUAGCGGAA